AUCAUUUUAUUUUAGAGAAACGUAAUAUUCCUCAGAUGUCCAUGCAGAAUAUUAGUGAAAAAAAAGAUGAUUAUUUCGACAAUAUCGAUUCCUCUGACGAAGAGGAAAUUAGAAAUAGUAUUGGUAAUAUACCAUUAAGUUGGUACGAAGAUUAUCCUCAUAUUGGAUAUACACAAGAUGGGCAAAAAAUUUAUAGACCUGCAAUUGGCAAUGAAUUAGAUAAGUUUUUAGAUAAAAUGGAAAAUCCUGAUUAUUGGAAGACAGUAACAAACCUUUCUACUGGUCAGGAUACAAUUUUAAAUAAAAUGGAAAUUUCUUCAAUCAAAAAAAUUAUUUUCCAUAAUUUCUCAUUAAACAACCAUACCCCUUGGCUAGAUAUAUUUUCAAAUGAAGUUAUGAUACAUCCAUUAAUUAAUACUCCCCCUAGUAAAAAAAGCUUUAUACCAUCUUUAGUUGAAAAAGAAAAGGUGAAUAAAUUGGUAUAUGCCAUGAAAAUGGGAUGGAUAAAACAUACUAAACCAAAUGUUGAUAAAAGUUUGGAUGAACCUGAGGAAUACCAAUAUACUUUUUGCAGAGAUAUAUGGAAAAAUUCAAUUAAUGAGAAUGAAGAUACAAUGAGUAAAAGGACAAUCAAUAGAAUAUCACAUUAUAUUCCAGCUCCAAAAUUGCCUUUACCUAAUCAUAUUGAAUCUUAUAAUCCACCUUCUGAGUACUUAUUUGAUGAAAAUGAAAAAUUAGUCUGGGAACAAAAAGAACCAGAAGAGAGGAAAAUCGAUUUUAUACCUAAGAAAUAUCCAAAUUUACGGUUAGUUCCAGCUUAUGAAAAUUUCCUUAAAGAACAAUAUGAACGUUGUUGUGAUUUAUACCUUUGUCCGAGAGUUAAAAAAAUGAAGGCUAAUCUAGAGAAUGCAGAAGAUUUACUACCUAAAUUACCCAAACCUAGCGAUUUGAGACCUUUUCCGACUAAUUUAGCUAUUGUAUAUAGAGGGCACACAGGACCAGUAACAAGUGUAUCCAUCGAUAGCAUUUUCAAUGGCCGUUAUCUAUGUUCUGGAUCUAACGAUGCCUCUGUUCGCUUUUGGGAAAUUGGGACUGGUCGUUGUCUUGCCACGAUUUCUGCAUUUUCAAGCUUUGAGCACCCAGUUAUGAGUGUUGCAUGGCGCCCCCUUGGUCGCCCUCCCCUCGCAAAUGAACCAGCCUUUGCAUUCGCAGCUGGAGAUAAUGUGUACAUAUGUGCUCUACCACCACUCAUUGUCCCUGGUAAUUAUAAUCACGAUCAUCAAGGUAGCGAAGAUAAGGAUAAAACUUCUCAUGAAAUUGUUAAAGAUAAGGUAAUGACUAAAGAUAGUAUGGACGCUGAUGGAAAAACCGCGGAAACUGACUUAGAAAAUGAACCUACUGAAGAUCCAAAAUCGAUAGUAACUUGGAUUAAACCUAGUAAGAAGCAGAGAGACAUGAACAUCCUAUUUAUACUUAAACAUCCUAAACUUGUCACAAAAAUUGAAUGGCACAAAGGCGCGGAUUACAUUUUAUCGGUGUGUGCAAAAAAUGGUGCAAGCUCAAUCAUUUUGAACAAAAUAUCCCAGAAACAUUCCCAGGCACCUUUUAAAAAGAUGAAAGGAAAUAUUCAAACUGCAUCAUUUCAUCCUAAGGCGCCAAUUCUUUUUGUGGCGACACAGAAAUACGUUAAGAUAUAUAAUAUGGUGCAAAAAGAAUUGACCAAGGUUUUGAUAUCAUCUUGUAAAUGGAUCUCUAGCUUAGCUAUUCAUCCUUCCGGUGAUAAUUUAAUAGUGGGAAGCUAUGAUAAUAAGGUGGCAUGGUUUGAUAUUGAUUUAGCCUGCAGGCCUUAUAAAAUUUUAAAAUUUCAUUCAACGUCAGUUCGUGCGGUUGCUUUUCAUUCAAAGCUACCUCUUUUCGCUUCAGCUUCUGAAGACUCUUCAUUAAUUAUAACUCAUGGCAUGGUUUAUAAGACUAGCUUUCCAAGACACUGGGAAUCGGCUACCUUUUUAAUUCUAAGAAUCACACAUCUUUAAAAAUAGUCUAUAUUAUUUUAAUUAAAUAUGUAAUUUCAUUUUUUUUAUAUUCUUAUCUUAUCAAGCAUUAUAUAUAUAUAAUUUAAGCGACCUAUCUCUAAAUCCUCUAAUAGUGCCAGUUAAAAUAUUAAAGGGCCACCAGAAAUUAACAGGGGGCAUUUUGGAUUGUGUAUUUCAUUCUAGACAACCGUGGAUUUUUUCGGCUGGAGCCGAUUGCAAUAUACAU